AUGGUCACCCCAGCCGCAUUCCGUAAACUCGUCAAGGAGAUUCAACAGCUUCGUGCUGAGCCGCCCGAGGGUAUCCGAGUUGUACCAAGCGAGGAAAACAUGUUGGAUGUUACUGGUAUUAUUGCUGGACCUGAGGGCACGCCCUAUGCCGGCGGUUACUACCAUAUCCACUUCUCCUUCCCACCCACAUUCCCGGCCUCUCCGCCCUCGGCCCGGAUGCUCACCAAGAUCUUCCACCCCAAUGUUUCCCGCUCUGGCGAGAUCUGCGUAAACACACUUAAAAAGGAUUGGAAGCCGACGUAUGGGUUGGGUCAUGUAUUGGUGACGAUCAAGUGCCUGUUGAUUGUUCCGAAUGCGGAGAGUGCGUUGGAUGAAGAGGCCGGGAAGCUUUUGCUGGAGGAUUGGGAUGAAUUUUGUUCGAGGGCAAAGAUGUGGAAUGGUAUUCAUGCUACACCCAAGGUCGCUCCCGUUGAAUUCCAAACCCCUGCGUCAACUUCAACUUCGACUUCAGCCCCGGCUGUCGUUGCUCCGACAAAGACAGCAAGUGCUGUACCCGAAAAUGCGAAUGCGUCCGAACCAGCAUCACCACCUAAAUCCAAACUUGAAAUACCCGCUGUUCCAAUCGUUCAACAGACUCCACUCCAACCGUCCGCUGUCGGAAACGCGGCGUCUAUCAUUCCCGAGACUGUCACCACAUCGGUCAAGCCUCCUUCAGCGGGGAAGACGUCCUCCGCCUCGGGGACCGAAAACGGGGCUGCUGGGGUUGUGAAGACGACUGCGAAGAGAGUUGCGACUGGGGGAGUAGAAAAGAAGAAAAAGGCGCUGAAGAGGCUAUAG